GUUCUCGGCCGGAUCACCGACCGUCGUGUUGUGCGCUUUGUGUGUGUGGCGUGUGCUUUAUUGUGGUGCGCGCUCAUCAAUACUCAUUAGGAUACCACCAUCUCAUUGUUGUGCCGUUUUUUUUAAGCGACAAUGUUUUUUCAUGUUUCUUCGUUUGAUCGCCGCUCUACAUAAACCAAUAACACAGUGGCGGCUGCUGCCAUGUUCUCCGGCAGGACUAGGUCCAGUGUCCGGCUCAAGGAUCCAAAAAGGGACGAUACAAAUGGCAAUAGCAAUGGAGGCGGUGGAGGUGCUUUUACGCGCUGGCUCAGGGAGUUCCGGCGAGAGUCCUAUAAAGUAAACAACGGCACAGGAGGAAACGCGCCUGGGGGCACAUAUCACACAACGAAUGAAGAUAAUAGGCGACGGCAUUCAUUUAAUGUGCAUGACAAAAGUUUCGCCCAAACUGACCCAAAAGGUGUAUCACAUACUACUGGUCAGCCGGUCAGAGUGCCUUGUAGGCGUGCCAAUAGCACGGCAGCACCAAAAUCUAGAACACGAAAUGAUGGGUCAUUCUCAAAGGUUAAUUGUUCUUCCGUGGCUACCAUUAGAGAACUUCCAAGUACCAAGCAAAAUCAUAUCAACGGUAAAUAUUACAUAAAGUCUUCUGGUCUAUCGGCAGGUGCACGCAUGACAGAAACUUGCGAAGGACAAACAACAAGGCACAGGGCACCACUGCCACCCGUUGAGGUCAAGGAGAUAAGUGGACACGAAAAGUUUCCGUCCUGGCCGGCAGCCACAGGGACCAAAAGCAAUGGAAUGUCCGCCGUUACCACUCGACCGUCAAAGUCCUGGGCCGAACAAACCAAUAACCCGAAGGAACAACCGCCACCAAUCGUCCGGCCGUACCCCAAGAGGCUCUCCAACGGUCUCUACACGCAGCAACUCAAAACAGUAAUGGAACGUUGCGAGAAGGGAAAGCGCGAACCUUUGGACAGUGUGGUGCGCUCAAUGAAAACCAAGUCCAGUUACGUCGAAAGGCCAAUUGCCGAAAAAAAUUACUGUGUGCCAUUAACGAUGGAUUCUGACUCGAAAUCUCAACUCACUCAAGCUCAGCUGGAAAAGUACUCGAGAGCUUACGAUGACUCGCCGCACCGAGAAACAGACGAAUACUCGAGCUGUUUUGACGGUAGCGACAGCAUGUUGUCUAGUCACCUGACUAAGGAAGAGCUGGAACAUUACACUCGUAUCUACGAAGAAAAGUCCACCUCUCAGAUUAGUCUUACUGAAAAAGUGGUUCCUUCUCAUCAACAUCAAACGUCGUAUGCUCAGAGCGAAGGAUACCAUAGUUACGUUUCUAGCACUGAUUCUACUUCCACUCCCUUCUUGGAUAGGCUUCGCAGAGAAAACGAAUCUGUAGUUGUUGUCAGUAAGGACUCGGAAAAGCCUACUCAAGGGCGAGACUCCAGUGCCAGUUCGGGAUCAUCGAGCGAGACGCUUAAAUGGCAUGGUUCCAAUAGCGAUCUUAGUACUGUAUCCAAUGGAGGUCAUCGAGUAACAACUCAGCACAUAGCACAUAGCGCUAAAGUGUCAGCUCCCCAGAGACAUCAUUCGGAAACUGUUCAGAGCGUUACAGAAAACUGGUCUGGAAAUCAAGAAAACAGGAGUAGUACUCAGAGAAACCUAAGAAAAUUGUUUCCUGUCAGUACAUAUACUGUGCAGCCAGCCGCGGUUAUGGAUGAAAAACUCUCCCCAAAAUCUCCUCCAGCAUUAAGUGUGGCAGAACGAAUAAAUGAGUUAGAGAAACAGCAACAACAACUGCAAGCUUCAAACAAACUCAUGUAUUAUGAUCCCGAAAAAAAACACAAAGUUACUGAUCAAUCUUUAAGAGCAAUACAAAAACAAGCUUUACUAUCAUUUUAUGAAAGACACCAAUCUGGAUCAUCAUGGCGAUCUGAACCUCAGCUUUCGCCUCCACCUCGUCCACCACCAAUACCUUCUCGUCCUAGACUACCAACACCUUUGUCUAGAAGAUCUUCUAUUUCUUCGGAAUAUGAUACACCAACAAAUUGGAACGAUGACUGCUCUAAGGAUGAUACUUCGACUGAAGACACUAACAGUAGUAGUAAUUCUAAGGAACUCAAUAAGAAUCAGCAUAGAAGUUCAAGUUGCGGUUCACUCUCAACAGCUGUGUUGGGACCCAUGGUGCUUGGACCAUCAAUAUCAAUUGAUGAUUGGGUCCCUGAAUUGCCACCCAAAAAGAAAUCUAUGCAACCAGUUCGACAAAUACCUGUCAAAAGAGAUACAAGUCCGGAUUUGCCACCACCUCCUCCUAUGGUAAAUGAAGAAAACUUUAUUUCAGAUGAACCUCUCCCGCCUCCUCCGCCAGAAGCUAUAUGGCCGAAACCCGAAUCUCUAAAAAAUGAUAAGUAUUUAAGUAAUGGAAAAGAAAUGAGACUGGAAAAUAGUUUUAGUACUGUCGAAGAUGUUCUCAGGGAAAACAGUUUAAACGAGUUCCCUGAAUACAAAGAUCCCAAAAUGAUGAGCGAAAAAUCAAAAUCUCUGUCUUAUAUAUUUGAUAAUGUUCCCAAAGCCAUGCCACAAGCUCCGGCUAAAUUAUUCACCAUUGAACCCACAACUAAUGGUACAGAUGAAAAGCUUAAAGAGUUUGGACGAUCUUUAAGUGUACGAAGAAAUAAGUUGACCAUACCAAAUAAAGAUUACUGUAGGUCAGAGUUUUCGGCCAGGAAGUCUGUGUUUCAAGGCGGCUCAGUACCAAAACAAGUUGUUAUGUCGACCGUCAAACCGCCAGCUUUUAGUGCAACAACUGUACAAAAUAAUUUGGUGAAACAUCAAAUAUGUACACCACUAAAAAUUGCAAGAGAAGCUGAUAAAAGUAGAUCUCUGUCAAUAAAAAAAGUCGUUGGACCGUUAAAAGCCUCUGGAGUUUUUCCACCUUCAUUAGAGCCUAGCUGUCCACCAACACUUUACCAACAGAGUCAAUCGAAAGCUUCAUACUUGUCGGCUUAUAAGAGAGAACCAAGAGAACGAGAAAAAGGAUUACCUAAUUUCGAAGGAAGUUACAAACGAACAGCAUCUCCUAAUGGAGGCCGCGGAGACACGAUCAUAAAAGUAGUGGAAACUCAUAACGUAGAAAAUGUGGCACCUGUGGAUACAGAUUUUAAAAAGUCAGAUAAAAAUACGAUGCCCGGUGUCAUCCGUCUGUCGACAGCAUUACCAAUAGUGGAUACUAGUCAAUCUCCAGUGAAUCCGGCUGGCGAAACGCCGGCAGUUCCAAUUGUUUUAACUGAAAGACCUGUUGUAAUUGACCAUCAACAACAGCAACAGCCACAACAUCAAAUGUCGAAAACAUUGCCUCGUAACAACCCAACUAACGAUUUUAAAAGAUCAUCCAGGACACCUCGAACUCAAUCAGAUCCAUCCAACAUGCCUGGUAAAGAUGUAUCGGUGAGUGCGUUCCCUAUACCGCAUUCUGAGUCUACAUUGAGCUUACAAAAGAGGUCACAGUCCGAUUUAUCCCAAGUGGGUUCCACAGAGAGUGGCUAUAGCAGUCUCAGUCUCAAUGCUCCAUCACCUUCACAUUCGCCUACCCGAUUAUCUUCUGGAGACUUUAGCACCGCAUGUAGAACUAACAAUUGCGUAGAGACUCAAUGCGACCUGGACGAAUCGCGAUCUGAGUGUACGUGGUAUGACGAGCCUUUAAGGUCGCAGCAACGACGACACCACCGACCAGUGUCUCGUAGUUGUUCAUCCACUACGACCAUGUCAGAUGCUGCUUCCCAAACCGAUCUUAAGUCGUCAUCAUCGGAAAUUGGUACACCGGUACUGGUCCGUAAGAAAUUGCCAGAAGAAAUUGAAUGUGAAGAACUAUCCCGAGACCUUAUUAGUCAUCUAUCACCAUCAGAUAAAUUACAUAACAUAUUAGCUCCUGGACCUGAUGUCAAAAGAUCCACUGACUAUGUUUCUCUUUUAUUCCGUAUGGACUUAGUGCCUCGAUCCAGAGCUUCUAUAGCUGAAAAACCUGACUGCAAUAGCAAUAACAGUGUUUGUGAUUCAAACGGUAGUUUAUUGCCUACCUCAUCUUAUUAUACAAUAUCUGAGCCAAAAGCUAAGCUGUUGAACAAUUACAAUGUACAAAAACAGCAAUCUUCUGAAUGUAAUGGCAUGGGGAGUUUACAAAAGAAAAAGGCGGAUUUAGUUUCACGGUUAGAUAGAAAACUAAAAGUGCUUCGUGAAGAACAAGUUGCUCUUAUUGAAGAGACAACAGUUAAUGAAGCAUUAGGUGUAACAGUUUUUGAUCGUGUAAAAGCCCUAGCAAAAACUCCAGAAGCCAAUAAGUUUAAAACCCACGUGCAGGAAGUUGGUCAUAUCACCAGUUUAUUGCUUAGUCUUAGUGGGAGAUUGGCUAAGGUUGAAAAUGCUUUACUAGAAUUAGAGUUAGAACAUCCUGAAAAAAAAACGCUUGAAGAGAAAAAGUCUAAAUUAACUUGUCAAUUAGAAGAAGCAAAGGAGUUGAAAGAAAAUAUUGACCGACGUGGUGAUAUGGUUUCUACAAUUUUGUCCCGUUACCUGACAAGUGAUGAAUUUUCUGAUUAUGAUCACUUUAUAGCAAUGAAAGCUAAAUUGUUGAUUGAUGCUCGGGAGAUAUCAGAUAAAAUUCAGUUAGGCGAGGAGCAACUUUGUGCACUUAAAGAAACACUAGAAGAUUAGACAUCUAAAAAAUAUUAAUUUAAAAAAUAAAAAAUAUAUUUUAUUAAUAUAAAAAGUAACAAAUAACAAAUUGUUGACUGAAACAAAUAUUUAGUUAAAACUAUAGAUCUCUUAUCUAAAUGCUUCAUGUCCCUUCUUGUUCACAAUAAUAUAUUAUACUUAUUUUAUUAUGUUAUGCUUUCGAACAACACUUAUGUAUAUAUUUUACUGGUAAUAGAUUAUUCAGAAAUUAUCAUUUCAAAAUAUUACUCACUUUAUAUUAUUUUAAAAAGGGAAGAACUUUUUAGUUACUUUAAACGCAUUUGCAUAACCGUCAAUUAUGCAAUGCAUCUAAGAGAUGAAUCAAACAUUUCGGUUUUCUAAUUUUGAUGUUUAAUGAGAAAAUUUUACCCUUCAUAUUGUGAUAUUUGCCUUAAAAAAAAUUUAUGUAUACAAAUUCAAUAAAAUUAAAAUGGAAUAAAUGAUUUAUAAUUUUUAUAUCUUAUACCUCUCCGAAGAGAAAAUGUUUUAAUACUUUUAGUUAUUAUUAUUACAUAAUUAAUUUUAAAAUCAUUAAUUUAUCUCUUGUUAUGCAUUUAUUUGUGUAUAUAUUUUAGCAAAAUGUAUAAUUAAAUCUAACAUGUUGUAUUGUAAUGUAAGAAAUCGUGUGUUGUACAGAUUUUAAGUGAAUAAAUAGUAAACCUUUUUGGUGCUAUAAUUUA